AUACCGAAAAUAUCAUCAAUAAAAUAUUACGCUGUUGCUAAAGGAAGAAAAACUGGAAUUUUUCUAUCAUGGAAAGAAUGUGAAGAAUAUGUAAAAGGAUGUCCUGGAGCUUUGUAUAAAUCAUUUUAUACAAAGAUCGAGGCACAAGAUUUUAUAGAUCAACAAAAUAUUGAAGUUAAAGACAAACUAAAUGUUUGGACCGAUAGAUUCUGUAAAAGAAAUAGAUUAUCAGAUGCUGUUGGAGGCAUUGGAGUAUUUUUUAAAGAUAAAGAUCUGAAAAACUUGUCUGAAUGA